AGCUCCGGAGCAGCCGGCACCACCCCCCGCCCCGGCACCCCACCAUGAGCAACCUCAACAAGGACACCGAGCACACCAACAGCGGCGGCACCGUCGAGGAGGAGGUACGGACGCUGUUUGUCAGUGGCCUUCCAGUGGACAUCAAACCCAGAGAGCUCUACCUUCUCUUCCGACCAUUCAAGGGUUAUGAGGGGUCACUGAUCAAGCUGACUUCAAAGCAGCCAGUGGGUUUUGUGACCUUUGACAGCCGGGCUGGUGCUGAAGCAGCGAAGAACGCCUUGAAUGGCAUCCGCUUUGACCCUGAGAACCCCCAGACCUUGCGGUUAGAAUUUGCUAAAGCCAACACAAAGAUGGCCAAGAGCAAGCUGAUGGCCACACCGAACCCCACCAAUAUCCACCCUGCCUUGGGCGCACAUUUCAUUGCACGGGACCCCUAUGACCUGACUGGAGCAGCUCUCAUCCCAGCGUCCCCAGAGGCGUGGGCUCCCUACCCACUGUACACCACGGAGCUGACCCCUGCCAUCCCCCAUGCCGCCUUCACGUACCCAGCGGCUGCUGCUGCAGCUGCUGCUCUUCACGCUCAGAUGCGCUGGUAUCCUCCCUCUGAAGCUACCCAGCAAGGAUGGAAGUCUCGUCAAUUUUGUUAGUUCCUUAUGUCUCUUCUUGGCUUGUGUUCCUCCUCCCUGCCUCUCUGCAGAGGGAUGUGCCAGGGACGAUUGCUCUGACCCCUCUGGAUUCGGUAUGUGGCCAGCGGACAAUGCGCCUGGCCCCACCACGUGGCCCCCAGGGCUGCCAGUACCCCUUUCCCUGGACUGUGAAGCCAUUGCAGCCACGGGCUGUGUGCUGCCUGCAUCCCUGUCUCCAUCCAUCUGUCCCUCCAUCCCUCCCUCAAGCCAUCCCCAGGACAUCCUCCCUGACUGAGCUUCUCCGUCUGCUGCACUGAAACCCAGCUAGGGGCUAGGUCCUGGGUUUCCCCGGGCUCUCCCUGCCCUGGGCGCAGCUCGGCUGAAGGAAUCGAAAGGCAAAAUGGGUUUUGCAUGUUUUCUGGCAUGAAUUAAAACACUUAACUUGUGUCUGUGUGAUGUAAGUUUGUUCUAGCAUUUGUGUAACCGUUAGCAACAGGUCUUGGCCCAACAGAUUGAUCCAUCAAGGUUUUCCUCUUGCUUCGGUGAAGACUUGGCUUUGAGAAAUACUGUCCUUGUCUCACCCUUACUCCCACCUCCACCCUCCCCUCCCCAGGAUGACCAGAAAAUUUGAAAAAUGUUUUGGUUUGGUUUGGAUUUUGUUUUUUCUUUUUUUUUUUCUUUUUUUUUUUUAGUAUGAUGCACUGGGUUUUUGUUCUCAUCCAUUCUGCUCGUUUUAAAGUCAGGGUUGUUAUAUUAUUUUUUUUUCCUUCUUCAGACUUCUAUAUAUAGAACAGCUGUAAAAUAUCUAACCUCUUUUUUUCUCCCAAAUUCUUCUGAUUGGAGAGCAUCCAGUCUUGCCAAAUAAUCAGCCAUCCUUAUGGGAAUACCGAACAAAAAAAGAAGUACGAGUAUUUUUGUACCAUGUGUAAUAAGGAAAUAUUUAUGCAUCAUAAAGAAUUUCUUGUGUGUUUGUGUGCAAUUAAUUAUUGUUAUUAUUAAAGAGAAAUUGUAAUCGUGUAAGAUAAGUUAAUGUUUAGUUAAAAGCUUGAAAAAGAAGGGUUGUCUUCUGUACCAAUGAUUCAGUCAGGCAUAGUAAACAAGAAAUUGUGCAAUUUUUGUUUUUGCAUCUUAUUGCUUGGUAUUGAAGUGCUUUAAGUAUUAUCUGACCAUGGCUGUCUCGGUUGUAUUAAAAGAUUUGAGAAUAACUUGCUCUAUAAUUGCUGAUCCUAUGAGAAUGUGAAACUGGAUAAUAUAUGAAAUGCAACAACAACAAACGAAAAUAUACCCAGAGGCUGCUGUGA